ACACACACACACACACACACAGGGGGGAGGGGAGGGGGGUGUCUCGCUCUUCCAGGAAGGAUUAUUAAGCAGCGACACGUGAAGCGAGCAGAAAAACAGACAAAAGAAGUUUUUCACAGCGACCAGCCGCCAUGGAGCCUCCGUGCACACAACUCACAUAAAGCGGAAAAGAAGCGGCUUUUCAAAAUAAAACAAAUAAACAAACAACUUCUCCUCCCGGAACCUCCGCCGGAGCUGCAGCUGUUCGGCUCUCUGCAACAAACCGGAUCAACACCGGAGACGGGAGAUCAUGUCCGGAUCCUCCCCGGCUUCGAACAAGCAGGAGAGGAGCUCUUUCAGUCCUUCCGCCAACACGCUGCCAAACUCCACUUCCUCCCCCGUCCAUGCUCCCGCCGCCAGGCCGGCCAGCCGAAUGGAGGAGGAGCCCGCCAGGCUGCCCGCGCACCUGCGUCUGCAGCCCGUCUGUUGGAGCCGGGACGACGUGGUCCAGUGGCUGCGGUGGGCCGAGAAGGAGUUCGCCCUGCGGCCCAUCACCAGCGGCACCUUCCAGAUGAACGGGAAGGCCCUGCUCCUCCUCACCAAGGAGGACUUCCGCUACAGGUCGCCUCACUCCGGGGAUGUCCUGUACGAGCUGCUGCAGCACAUACUGAAGCAGAGGAAGUCCAGCGUCUUCUGCACCUCGCCUUACUUCCCCGGGAACUCCUUCCACUCGCUGCCUGAAAGCACGGUGCAGCACCUGAAGCUGGAAGAGACGGUACGGCGGGCACCACGUGGUACAGAACCCCUCCCCCAACACGCCCCGACCAUAGAGCUGCGUCACAGUUCCCGCUCCCGCUCCCCGCACAACCCGACCCCGAGGCGGUCCCCCCCAGAGCAGAACCACCCUCGAGCCAACGAGGACCCYCUCCAGAGCUUCUCGCAGCUACCUGACAGCAACCACCACCUGCCGGAGGAAAUGUACCCGCUCUCUGUGUCGCCAGCGCCCCACAAUGGGCGCUGCAUCACACCCAAAGAGGCCCCCUGCCCGGGCAGCCCGGGGGUCCCGGAAGCCGGCCCUCCUCGCGUCAUCCAGCUCAUGCCCAGCGCCAUCAUGAACCCUUUGAUCCUCAGCCCGAACCGGAGCGGCGGGGGCGCCGGCUUGGACUUCCGGCACAGCCGCUGCGGCGGGCCCCCGCCUCAGGUGGCGCUGGAGAAYGGGCGCGAGGGGAAGCUCCACCUCCACCACCACCAGCUGGCUCAGCUGCAGCAGCAGGAGGAGCUCUACAGGAACCACGUCAUCAUGCCCGUCUCUCCUCCAGAGGAGCAGCAGAUGCCCAUCGGGCGUAUAGCAGACUGCAGGCUGCUGUGGGACUACGUCUACCAGCUCCUGUCGGACAGCAGGUACGAGAACUACAUCCGCUGGGAGGAUCCAGACAGCAAAGUCUUCCGCAUCAUGGACCCUAACGGCCUGGCCAGGCUCUGGGGSAACCACAAGAACAGAACCAACAUGACGUACGAGAAGAUGUCGCGAGCACUGAGACACUACUACAAACUGAACAUCAUCAGGAAGGAGCCGGGACAAAGACUCCUGUUCAGGUUCAUGAAAACCCCCGACGAGAUCAUGAACGGGCAGACGGAGCGGCUGGAACACUUGGAGUCGGACACAGACGAACAAAUCUACAUCAAAGAGGAGUGCUGAGGAGAACAGGAUUUACUUCCAGCCAACAGCCACUGAUGCCUUCAGACAUGUCGAAUCAGAACACCGGGACAUUCGGAUCGGAGCAAACGGCCUCUGAUCUGUUUUAACGUUGCCUUAGGAAGAUGUGCUCCUGAUAAAAACUCUGAUCUGUCUGACAGACACAACAGAACUUGAUCUCUUUAUAUUUCUGUGCUGCAGAAUCACUUUGUGCUCUGAUGAUUAAUUUGUUUUUUUAUUUUUUGCCUCCUCACGUGUGUUAAUGUUGGAUUGAUGCUGUUUGUAAAAAGAAAUUUGGGGUGUGUGUGCGACAGGACUGUUCACCGUGAAUAAAACACUUUUGAUCUAA